AUGUCUUACACUGUUCCAGAUGUAUCAUCUUUGCCUGCAUUAUCUGAUCCUUUAGAAACAGCUAAAAGAUUAGCUGCAUACCGUGCUAUUGAUGAGAAUGUCGAUUUCAAGAACGAUAAAGUAAUUGGUAUUGGUAGUGGAAGUACUGUCGUUUACGCUGCUGAAAGAUUGGGUCAAUACUUAAAGGACUUGAAAUACACUGAAUGUGUUUCAAAAUUUAUUUGUAUACCAACAGGCUUCCAAUCCAGAGCUUUAAUUUUAGAUAAUGGCUUGAAAUUAGGCACGGUCGACAACUAUCCAGAAAUUGACGUUGCAUUCGAUGGUGCUGACGAAGUCGAUACAAAUUUACAAUUAAUUAAAGGUGGUGGUGCAUGUUUAUUCCAAGAAAAAUUAGUGAGUACUAGCGCUAAAAAAUUCAUUGUCAUUGCUGAUCAUAGAAAACAAUCUCCACAUUAUUUAGGUACAAAUUGGACAAAAGGUAUUCCAAUCGAAGUUGUUCCUGCUGCUUAUGUGCGUGUACAGAAUGAUUUAAAGAAGCUAGGAGCACAUAAGAUCGUUCUAAGACAGGGAACACCUGCAAAAGCUGGCCCUGUUGUAACAGAUAAUAAUAAUUUCUUAAUCGAUGCUGACUUUGGUCAACUUGAAGAUCCAAAAUCAUUAUAUUUCAAAAUUUUGACUUUAGUUGGUGUCGUUGAAGUAGGUUUAUUCAUCGAUAACGCAGAAAGAGUUUACUUCGGUAACAGUGAUGGUUCCGUCACACAUGCCGAUAGAAAGUAA